CAUAGAUAGCUCACCUCUUGGUAACCGAAAGACGUAUCAAAAACUAGAUGGCGCUACUCGAAAACCGUAUCGAGAUUUCUCAUUCUCUCUCUGACUUGCGAGGAGGUAGGAGUAGUGUCAGGGCCGAACUUACCCUAUAGGUGUAUUAUCUGUGACAGGCAGGUGUUGUGACAAAUUAGAGCGGAAUUUUAUAAAAAAAAGGACUCAUAUUUUAGACAAAAUGGCCUCUGUAACUCAUAAGUGUGUUUACGCGGGAUGUUUUGAAAGAAACGAUGGAACAAAUAAUAAUAUAUCUUUCUUUAAAUUUCCACUGAAAGACGUAGAGCGUACAAAAAUUUGGCAAAAAAACUGCGGGAACAUUGAUAUUUUAUUGAUGGAUAUCACUGACCUUAAACAGAGGGUAAUUUGCCAGCAUCAUUUUGCAGUGGAAUAUAUUUACCAAAGUGGCCAAAGAAAGUUAUUAAGGAAAAAUGCUGUUCCUCUAAAAUUUACACAGUUAACAACUGAUUUAGGUGAUAUCCCACCAGUAUGCUCUACAUACGUUUAUUGCGGUACGAAACGUAAAAGAUCUACAAGUGACGAUUGUAUGGUUAGGUCAACUCCAUCGCCUAAGAGAUCAAGUAGUAGUCUCAGUGAUAUUUCCAGUUUUGAAAUUAAUUUGCCCACAAAACUUGAAACUGAAUUGACGGAGAAGGUAAAAAAAUUGGAGUAUCAAGUAAGUGCUUUAAAGAAGAAGUGCCGUCAGAAGAACAGUCGGCGUUGUAGAAGAACAACAAAAAACAAAAAAUCGGCAACCAAAUUCAUGUUACAGCAUAACACAAAUAUUAAACUAAAAAUUGCUUUAGACAAUGGAAAUUGUGAAAUAGCACAAACUGAUAAUUUAGAUUUAACCCACGAAGUAACCAGCGUCGAAAUAUCUGACGAGUCCAUUGAAACCCAAACAGUUCAUGUAGAACAAUCUUUAGACAUACAAAAGGAAAAUAAUGACAACCAAAUUUUAAGCACGGCACAUUCCAGCAAAUGUACCAUAACAAAUUUAGAAACGUGUGCUGUUACAUAUGUCGCUGGUUAUAUUUACUAUAAGAUUAUAAAGAACUUGAAUUGUAAGAUUAUGGCGCAAAUGAAGAAAUAA